AUGUCAAACAUGAAAAGUUCGUGUAAAGUCCAGAUGAGGCCACUUGGCCUAGACCAUGGCUCAAUCAAGACUGCCGCUGAGAUCAUCAGCCUUUCUUUCGCCUCAGAUCCCUUGAUCCGUUGGCUCUCUCGUGAUCACUCCGGCCCAGGCUGGGAGACUCUGACACCUACCCUGCAGCAAUGGCAAGAGGCACGCCUACGCGAGUACGCGCGGAUCGGAAUCAUGAUGGAGUCUCAUAACGAUUUUGAAGAGAGAAUUAAGAAGAAGUAUCCCCCAAAUUCUCUUUACUAUCUCGAGAUCGCUGCGGUCAGACCUGAUACGCAAGGGAUGGGAGUUGGGAGAACUAUCAUGCAAUGGGUGGUGCAGGAGUUAGGAGACAAUCCAUGUUAUAUUGAGUGUACAGAUAAGAAGAAUGUCGCGUUCUACGUCAAGUAUGGCUUUGAGCUUGUUGAAGAGGCGGAACUGGUGGAUGAGGAGGACGCAAUGCCACCAACAACUUUAUUUUAUAUGAUUAGAGAUACAUCAACCAUCAAGAAGUAG